AUGGACAAGAAGAAACCGAUCUCUCUGUUUCUGUUUUUCUUCAUGAAUCUAACAAGCUCCACUCUUGGGACCUCUUCAUCGAUUUGUCCCUCAAGAUCUGCCAAAGAUUAUAUCCUAGGGUUUCGAGAUCCACCAAAUUGUCCCGUUUCCGGGUAUGAAUCAGCCUCGCCUCGUCGCCGCUUUGUUUCCGUCACCGAGGGAGAUGAUCGGUUGUUGCAAAUCGCUUCAGAUAUGAUACAUGAGAACAAGUGUGAUCAUGUGGCUUUGCUCUUCUAUGCGUCGUGGUGUCCUUUCUCUAGAUCAUUUAGACCAAGCUUUGGUCUUCUCUCUCUCUUCUAUUCAUCCAUUCCUCAUAUUGCAAUCGAAGAAUCAUCGGUCAGGGCGAGUACUCUGUCCAAGUAUGGAGUUCGUGGGUUUCCUACAAUUAUCCUUUUCAAUUCAACGAUGCGCAUAGCUUAUCGAGGAUCCAGAACUCUUGAUUCUCUUGUUGCGUUCUACAGUGAUGUUACUGGUAUCGAAACGCUGGACGAAACUUCUCCUGGGAAAAAUGGGUGGCUUACAUAUUUUGGGAACCCAAACAACACAGGGCCAGAAAAUUGCCCCGUCUCAUGGGCAAAAAGAUCACCUGAGAAUCUAUUUCGCCAAGAGACUUAUCUGGCUCUUGCCACAGUAUUCGUCGUGUUGAGAUUGGUACACUUGAUUUCCCCCACAAUCAUUGUGUUAGCAAAAUUCACUUGGAGACUGGUCGCUCAGAACAUGAGACUGGGGAAUACCGUUGCCAUGUAUCUUAAAGAGCCUUGCAUGAGUAGCAAUUUGCAGGAAGGAGCCAUGAAUGCUAGAGCAUGGGCUUCCAAGUCAUUGGCCACUGUCUCAAUUGGGGAUUCAAGCUCAUCAAGCAGAGGUGUUUCAGCUUCACAGUAA